GUUCGUUCCUCGCGCUUGCCACCAGGCACCACCACACACAUCCCAAUCUCGCGAGGGCAAGCAGCAGGGUCUGCGGCGGCGGCGGCGGCGGCGGCAGCGCUUCCGGCUCCCCUUUCCCAUUGGCCUCCACGAUGGCGCUCCGCCUCAACGACGUCGCGCUCUGCCUCUCCCCGCCGCUCGCCGCCCGCCGCCGCCGCAGCCGCAGCCGCAGCAGCGGCAGGUUCGUCGCCGUCGCCUCCAUGACGUCCGCCGUCUCCACCAAGGUCGAGAAUAAGAAGCCAUUUGCUCCUCCAAGGGAGGUACAUGUCCAGGUUACACAUUCAAUGCCACCUCACAAGAUUGAAAUUUUCAAGUCACUUGAUGAUUGGGCUAGAGAUAAUAUCUUGACACAUCUCAAGCCAGUCGAGAAGUGUUGGCAGCCACAGGAUUUCCUCCCUGACCCAGCAUCUGAAGGAUUUCAUGAUGAAGUUAAGGAGCUCAGAGAACGUGCCAAGGAAAUCCCUGAUGAUUAUUUUGUUUGUUUGGUGGGAGACAUGAUUACCGAGGAAGCUCUACCAACAUACCAGACUAUGCUUAACACCCUCGAUGGUGUCAGAGAUGAGACAGGUGCAAGCCCCACUGCCUGGGCUGUUUGGACGAGGGCAUGGACUGCUGAGGAGAACAGGCAUGGUGAUCUGCUCAACAAGUAUAUGUACCUCACUGGGAGGGUGGAUAUGAGGCAGAUUGAGAAGACAAUUCAGUAUCUUAUUGGCUCUGGAAUGGAUCCUAGGACUGAGAAUAAUCCUUAUCUUGGUUUCAUCUACACCUCCUUCCAAGAGCGGGCGACCUUCAUCUCACACGGGAACACUGCUCGUCACGCCAAGGACUUUGGCGACUUAAAGCUUGCACAAAUCUGCGGCAUCAUUGCCUCGGAUGAGAAGCGACAUGAAACUGCGUACACCAAGAUCGUGGAGAAGCUGUUUGAGAUCGACCCUGAUGGUACCGUGGUCGCUCUGGCUGACAUGAUGAGGAAGAAGAUCUCAAUGCCUGCCCACCUGAUGUUUGACGGGCAGGACGACAAGCUGUUCGAGCACUUCUCCAUGGUCGCGCAGAGGCUUGGCGUUUACACUGCCAGGGACUACGCCGACAUCCUCGAGUUCCUCGUCGACAGGUGGAAGGUGGUGAACCUGACUGGUCUGUCGGGUGAAGGGAACAAGGCGCAGGACUACCUUUGCACCCUUGCUUCAAGGAUCAGGAGGCUGGAGGAGAGGGCCCAGAGCAGAGCCAAGAAAGCAGGCACGCUGCCUUUCAGCUGGGUAUACGGUAGGGACGUCCAACUGUGAGAUCGGAAACCUGCUGCGGACUGCUUAGACAAGACCUGCUGUGUCUGCGUUACAUAGUUCUCCAGGUUUUGACCAGAUGGUCCCGUGUCGUCUUAUAGAGCGAUAGGAGAACGUGUUGGUCUGUGGUGUAGCUUUGUUUUUUAUUUUUAUUUUUCUGUUUUGAUGUACAACCUGUGGCCGCAUGAACUGGGGCGUGGAGAUGGGAGCGACCAUGCCGUUCUUUGUCUGUCGCUGGCGGUGUGUUUCGGUAUGUUAUUUCAGUCGUUCAGAUCUGUU